AUGUCGUCACAAGAAUCGUCGUCGGAAAUGGUGAUGAUCGACGAGCAAGUGGUCGCUUGCGAGGUCGAAAUCGACGGGUUCGGUGUGCAAUUCGACGAGGAGACGGCCGAAUACGUCGAGGACGCGCACGGUACGAGUUUCGACGGAAUUCUGCUGGAGAGUUCUACAGGGCGCGCCAAAAGAAGGGUAACACAUUCAAAGUGAUCUGGCCAUUCAGAACUGCUGAUGAAACGGGGAAUGACAAAAUCCAUGGAAAAUUUUCACUUGAAAAAUGGUGAAAGACAAGCGGAAAGCAAUAGAUUUUGAUGAAAAAUCAAUUAAAAAAAAAACAGAAAAGAGUUCAGAUCCAUCGGGAGCGAAUGAAUAUUAUCCGUACGAAGAGGAAGAGGAUUCCGGAACCGUCUACCUUUACGAUGAGGUUAUUAUUCGAAUUUUUAUCGAAAAUCUAAACAUCUGUAUUGCAGGACACGUCACAAAUUCACGAGCUGAACCAUCACCACCACCACCACCAUCACAUCCCAGCUGAUCUGGACGUCUCCUACCUGCCGUCUUCUUCUUGUGCCGCCACAAUUUCCGCUUCCGCUUCUUCUGCCGGAUCAUCCAGCUCAUCCGUCGGAGCCCCACCCCAUCCGAACACGUAUUACAUACGAAAAGCGGGCAUUCCGGCCGGAAAACCACUCUACAAUCCGAUCACUUUUCAGACGGUACGCAAAAUCGCUUGAGUUCAGCAGAUCAAUUUUGUGCAGACGUACACGCAAGGAAUGACGCGGCGGACCAACAAACGAGUGCUGAAACGGACGUACGUGCCAAUGUCGUCGGACGAAAUGGAGGCGAUGAUGGAGGACGCUCAGGUGCUGAAACGGCUACAGACCGAGAUCAACGUGUUGCGGAAGGAGAACGAGGCGAUGAAGAAGGAGUACGAGACGGCGCACAAGAAGCUCGAGACCGUCUCGAUGGUGCUCAACGAGGCCAAGAUGAAGGGCCGCGAGGCGAACGAGCAGAAGAAAAUGCUCGUCAGGGAACUCACACACGCCAGGUACCUUCACACUUUCACACGUGACAGAACUUGUGUCAAUGUUUUACUGUUGACCGCGCCAGGGCCAGCGUCUGUUUUCAACAACAAACGGUCGGUCCAUCCUGACUUUAAACCCACUUGCAAUUAUCCGAUUGGGUUCAAAAUUUUCAGGCCUCUCAAACUUGGGUUGAAGUAUUUUGGGUCCAAGUCUUAGAGCGAUCGGAUCAUCUGGUCCCGAAAUAUGUGAAUGAGAUGCAGAAAAGAGCAAUCUACUCGACAUUUUCUGCCUCAACCCAGUGCAUCUCGGGACCAGAUAAUCGGAUCGGUCUGAAACUUGGUCCCAAGAUACUUCAAUCCAAGUCCUAGAAAUCUGCGGAAUUUGGGCCCGAUCGGAUCAUUGCAAGUGUGCCAAAAGUGCAGGCCUUUGAAAAGCCUCUUAAAUAGGAUUUUUGCACUAAUUUGAUAUUCUUUCAUGUUUUUUCUCCUCCCAAUUCGGUCAUUUGUUGCAGAAGCGCCAACACGCAAGUGGUCAAGGAAAUGUGCCCGGAGCCGCGAUUCCGAUACGAUUGA